AUGGCCCUCCCCACCCCUCCGUAUCCAAUCAACACUCUCCUCCUCCGCCCCGUCCUGAGCCUCGCAGCCUGGACCUUCGCCAUGGAGAUCUGGCUCUACGCGACGCGGAUCCCGGCCUUCAGCAAAUACAAGAUCAACCUGAGGAACCCUUCGAGGGCCAAGGCCGAGAUGGAAGCGAAGUUCCCGCCGCACGUCACGAACGUCGCGGCGAACUUCGCCCAUCUGCACGAGCAGCCGACGGUUUUCUAUGCCGUCGUGCUGGCGUUGGCGGUGGCGGGCGAUGCGAGUUUGGGCACGCAAUACGCCGCCUGGGGUUACGUGGGUCUCCGCGUCGCGCAUUCCUUCUAUCAGUCCCUGGUCAACGAUCCGGUCAUUCGCCGGUUCUAUCUGUUCGCGACGAGUUCGUUGGUCUUGGCUGGGUUGACUGCCAGGGCGGCGCUGUUGGUCUUUUAG